GAUCCAUCCAAAUUUCGGAGCACCUUAUCAAUUCCUGGUUCGAUUUGCUGCUCAAGGAUUCUCCCAUCGUUCAAAUCCCACCUGGACUUGAAAUACACUGCAGUUCUUUGAUUUAUUUCACUGAUAUCGUGACGCAUGCUUUUCUCGGCGCCGUUCAUCACAUUGCGUGAUGUGCAAUGAACCACUCUUCUCCUUGCCAUCUAGUGAUCCUUCUUGAAGAAAAAGUGUCGCGACUUUCCGAAGCUGUGACAUAUUCCUCUCCCGAUUUACCUCAUCCUUUUGUUAUCAAGGCUGCAAAUACCGCAGACAACUUUGUUUCUUCUUCACAGCGUGACUCUGUAAAUAGGGGAAAUAGAACAUUCUCCACAAUUACUCUAGAGUAUUACACGUUCGAAGAAGUAUCCAGAGAACUCCGCGAUAACUUGACGGGACAGCCCCACAUCUCCUCAGACAUGGCCGAGGGCUGUCCUGACAGUGCAACCAUUGUCUUUCACUCCGGCAACCCGGUUGUGGAGACCACUGAGGGGAUUGUGCAUGUCUAUAAAAAUGAGUGCGUAGUGCUCACUUGUGAAACAUUUUCAGCCUUGGUUUGCAAGCUUCCGAAAACGGAGUCACGUCGACUAUGUUAUGCAUUUUUUCUGUGCCUUCUCACGUCACCGUUAAAGACUUGCUGAAUUUUGUUUCUCCCAUGAGAGAAUCAAUCGAAGAGUUGAAGGUUGUGAAAGCUGGAGGACCCCACCAUUAUAUGGCGUUGCUGAAAUUUCGUUCCCAGAGAGAAACGAAUCAAUUUUACAGAACGUACAACAACACUUGCUACCGAAAUUUGGAGUCUGAAAUUUGUCAGCUUAUGUAUGUCUCACACGUAGAAAAGACACAUCCGUCAAAGGGUACGGCGUUCCCCACAAAAGAUCUUUUGGAAUUGCCUUCUUGCCCAGUGUGUCUGGAAAGACUCGAUGAACCUGUUCAAGGCAUUUUGACUACAAUCCUUUGCAACCAUACAUUUCAUGAUGCGUGUAUUGCUCGAGUGGAGGAUUCCACUUGCCCCGUGUGUCGUUAUGUCCAAUCUCCCGAGUUGCGUGAUGAUAGUCAGUGCGCUGAUUGUUGCAUACGCGAAAACCUGUGGAUCUGUCUUAUCUGUGGACGCAUUGGCUGCGGACGAUAUGGUCGGAAACAUGCCCAGCGUCAUUUUGAGGAGACUGGACACACGUUUGCACUAGAGCUUGGGAAGAACCUAGUGUGGGAUUACGCUGAUGAUUCAUACGUGCACCGCCUUGCCGUCAAUCAUGAAGACGGAAAGUUGGUACAGCUCGGUCCGGGGAGCGAGACUGGAGAUAAGAAAUUGGAUAUGAUCAGCAUGGAGUUCAGUGCUGUGCUCACUAGUCAAUUGGAUUCACAGAGAGCGUACUUCGAAGCACAGUUGGAACAGGUCUCAAUGGAAUCUGCCAAUCGCAUCCAGGCAGCUGAAGCCGGUAUGGAAGAAGCAGUAACCAAAGUCAAAGCUUUACAAAAACAGCUGUCAGAUGUGAAGAAAGAAAAGGAUUCCCUCUCAAGAAAGCUGCAACAAGUCUCUGGUCUUGCUCAGCGCUUGCAAAAGGAGCUAGCGGAGGAGCAGGCAGUGAAUCAAAGUUUAGCGAACAACGAGGCCAUCUGGCGCAGUCGAGCCGAACGGGCGGAAGCUGAGAUGAAAGUCGCUCAGGAGGAGUGCAGAGAGUUAUUGCUCAAUUUGGAAUUUCGUUCUAAAUUGGACCAAUUAGCAUCAUCCGAGCAGCUCACCGCAAGCGAAUUAGAAAACAGCGAAAUUUCCAUCCAUCCCCCUGCGAGCUCGAGCCGGCGUCGGAAAAAGCGGUGACCCUGUGUCCAAACUAUUCUUAUUCAUGCUGAUCAUUUAUUUGUUACUACCAACUCACAUACUGCUUUCCAUUUUCUCUCCAACAUUUAUACCUUGUCGCAACAGACCGUUUGCGUCCAUCAUAUCAUAAUGAAAAAAACGUCGCGACCUUUGCUCCACAAGACUUAACUCUGACAGGACUAUAGUUAAUGACUCUCAAAUUCACCGCUUGGGAAAUCUCUGCGUAAUCAACACCUGGUUUUGUUUUCACUAUACUCAUCCACUAAGCUUUGUCCCUUAGCUGAAGUUGCUUAGUUUCUCUCUGCGAG